AUGGAAACUGGAUUUUUCGAAGACUCCCAUAAUUCAAAGGAACACACAAGGAUGAGUGGUGAAAAGCCUUCAUCGAUUACUCCUCUCACAAUCAGACAAUUACUGGGUAGAAAGACGGUAAGCGAAAAGUUUAUUGUCGAUGGAAAGGAAUUGUAUAUUGUUGAAGUGUUGGGAAUGGUAACAUCAAUCAACAGCAGGAAUGGAUUUACCACAAUUCAAAUUGAUGAUUGUACCGGAAAGUUGGAUGUAAAAGUAUUUGAUGAAUCUGUGAAUAAUAAUCCAUUUUUGAAGAGUGAAGUUGAACAAAUUCAGUAUGUAUUAUUAUAUAUUCACAAAUGUUGA